CAAUCAGCUGACCGCAUGAACGCCUCCCCUCACUGUGUGUCUGCGCGCUCCCGAGGAGGCUUGGCAUCCCACAAGGCGCGGCUGUCAAGAGUCCCAGCAGCACACCGGGAGGAGGUAAACAGACCCACAGAAAAGGUUAGAGUCUUAAUUGCUGAUAAUGUCAAACGCUGGGCUUAUUCAACGCAUGCGCAGUCCUCCUCAACCCCCAACGCCGAUACUAGCAUGUUCAAAACUGGUUUUCUGCAUCAUGCCCAUUGCUCAGAUUGCAAUCGGUGCAAUACACCUGAAUGACUGCCCGCGGCAACACUACAUUCCCAUCUAUUUGAUAGUGGUGGGAGUAUUUGGCCUGAUCCUGUCGGUACUCUCCUGCUUGCCCUGCGCUCAGGAGCCCAAAGAUGGCACCACUAACCCCCUCAGCCGACUCUGCACAAUCUGGAACUCUUUGACUUCUUUCUUCAUCUUCUGCUGGUUCAUCGCUGGUAAUGUGUGGAUCUACUCUAUUUAUCAGCCCAACUACAACAAGAACACAACAAGUGUGGAUCCCUACUGCGACAAGACGCUCUACCUGUUUGCCUUCUGGACCACCACCUUGGUCUACAUCCUCUUGGGUUUGUUCCUGUUGUGUGGCUGUUGCGUCCUUGUCUGCUUCUUACUGUGUGGCCGUGCCGACCCGGACGACAACGUCUAGAGACAAAUAAAUAAAAGAGUGAGGGGGCAAGAUGCAUCUGAUGGGGCUGCAAUGAGGAUUACUUGUAGUACUCCUCAUUUUAUCACUUAAUCAUCAGCAAGUAGUAAAACAGUUAAAGUAGAUUAAGAGUGCACUUUAUUUACUGGAUGAACCCUUUGUUGUCUCUAGUUAAUGUUAAUGGGUCAUUAUUUGCAGCACAAAAUUUGCAACACAUAAUUUUUCUUAUUUUAACACCUAUCAUGCAUUGUAGUGGUAUUUCUAAUCCCACAGCAUUCUUAUGGGUGGACCAAUAGAUACAUACUUAACUCUAAAAUGGUGUAGAUGAAUCUUUUCUCACCGCUGAACCUUUUCUACCUCUGCAGAUGCUGCAGUACAUUCUGUUUGUAGGUAAUUAAUAAAUUAAUAGUGCCUUUCCAAAAGAUAUAUAUGUAUAUGUAUGAGAUCUACUGUUUACAUGCUGAGCCAGUAAUUGAACUAUUUCCAGAUACGAUAAAAUUAUAAAAUGUGUGUACUGUGCAAAUUCAUUUUCUCUUAUUAUUAUGUCUUUUUUACACUGAUACCUGUUUGUAUAUAAUUUGUUUCAACGGUCAUUUAACCAAUCAAAGUCCGCAUCGUGCCUGUCAGGCACCAGACAAUAAUGUUUUAUACUCCAUAAACUUGUGUAAAAUACUAUAUGAUACAUAAAGCAGGGGGUUUGUUCUCUGAGGAAACCAACUUUUUGAUGGUUUCCUUUUAGUUUUCCACUGUUUAUGGUUUAAUCACAACAUAUACUGAACUUAGUUUCCAGAUCAAACUGUAUCAGAGGAGUUUCACUGCUGUAACUGAUUUACUCUAAAUGUUAAGAUGAUAUAUUAUUUACCAAGAACCUUGGAAUAUACUAUCAGAGAUUUUGUAAUUUCCACCUGAAGAAUCAAUUAAAAGAGAAAGAAUUA